CGCAAAAUAAGCAACAGCUUGCUGCUGGUCGUCGAGUCAUCAAUGCUGCGUCGCAGAAAAUUAGAAUGCCAGCCGACCACUUCCCCCACCUGGUUUCCCAACUCGAAGCCAUUGCAACCGCCGAUCUGCUAUCCUCUGUGAAGAUGAUAAAUAAAUCGCCCUUGAUCAUGCGACGACUUUGAAUUCACUUUGUACUGCGCGUUCUACUUUCUACGCAUCGCAAAUUGAAGUCGAGAUCGACAAGAAAGCCAAAGGGCACUUUAUCUUUACUUUUCUCAAGCACACCCACCGGCGAACCGCAAGCGAGAGAACCUGUUUGUGCGGGAAUUCAGGUUGUUGCUCUUGAAACAGCUGGAACUCAAGAACGGGAUCUCGUUUCUUCCUGUCUGCAGCAACUCCGAGCAUGUUGAGCAGGAAACCAACGAAGCGAAGGACCACAACCCAGCGGCCGAGG